CGCCGAGCACAGCGCCAGCUGCGGCGUGGAGCUGCUGCCGGACCCCUUCCUCCUUGUCCUCCUCCUCCUCCUCCUCCUCCUCCCCCCCCGGCAGCGCAUCAUGGCCCCCCCCGGGCUCUGCCUGCUGCUCCUGCUCCUGAGCAGCUCGGAGCUCGCCCCCCCCGCCUCCGCGCAGCCCCCGCCGCAGCGCGGCAGCGUGUGGUGCCCCAGCCGCUGCCUCUGCUUCCGCAGCACCGUGCGCUGCAUGCAUCUGAUGCUGGAGAGCGUGCCCGCCGUGUCGCCGCAGACCACCAUCCUAGAUCUAAGAUUUAAUAGGAUUAAAGAAAUCCAGCCUGGAGAAUUUAGACGGCUUAAAAACUUGAAUACACUGCUUCUAAACAACAAUCAAAUUAAAAGAAUACCUAGUGGGGCAUUUGAAGACCUCGAAAAUCUGAAAUAUCUCUAUUUGUACAAGAAUGAAAUCCAGUCAAUUGACAGGCAAGCAUUUAAAGGACUUGCCUCUCUAGAACAACUGUAUCUGCACUUUAAUCAAAUAGAAACAUUGGAUCCUGAGUCCUUUACCCAUCUUCCAAAACUUGAAAGGCUAUUUUUACACAACAACAGAAUAGCUCAUUUGAUUCCUGGAACAUUUAGUCACUUAGAAUCUAUGAAGAGACUGCGUUUAGAUUCAAAUGCUCUUCACUGUGACUGUGAAAUCCUUUGGCUGGCAGAGCUGCUGAAGACAUAUGUGGAGUCAGGCAAUGCUCAGGCAGCUGCUACCUGCGAAUACCCACGCAGGAUCCAGGGGCGGUCUGUGGCCACGAUAACACCAGAGGAACUGAACUGUGAGAGGCCAAGAAUUACAUCAGAGCCUCAGGAUGUGGAUGUUACCUCAGGGAAUACAGUGUACUUCACUUGCAGAGCUGAAGGCAAUCCUAAACCAGAAAUUAUUUGGCUUCGAAACAAUAAUGAGCUCAUUAUGAAAGAAGAUUCUCGUCUAAACUUGCUAGAUGAUGGCACAUUAAUGAUUCAAAAUACUCAAGAAACUGACCAGGGCAUUUACCAGUGCAUGGCAAAAAACGUAGCUGGAGAAGUGAAAACUCAGGAAGUUACUCUCAGAUAUUUUGGAUCACCAGCCAGGCCAAGUUUUGUGAUUCACCCGCAGAAUACAGAGGUUUUAGUUGGAGAAAGUGUCACUUUGGAGUGCAGUGCAACUGGGCACCCUCAGCCACAAAUUACAUGGACCAAAGGUGACAGAACACCUUUACCCAGUGACCCUCGCAUCACGAUAACUCCAUCAGGAGGACUUUACAUACAAAAUGUCAAGCAGGAAGACAGUGGCGAGUACACCUGUUUUGCAACUAACAGCGUAGGUAACAUCCAUGCGACUGCGUACAUCAUAGUCCAAGCUCUGCCUCAAUUUACUGUCACCCCUCAAGACAAAACCGUGAUUGAAGGGCAAACAGUUGAUUUCCCUUGUGAAGCACAAGGCUAUCCACAGCCUGUUAUUGCUUGGACUAAAGGAGGAGGCCAGUUGUCUGUUGACAGAAGACAUUUAGUCCUAUCUUCUGGUACCUUGAGAAUUUCCAGAGUUGCUCUGCAUGACCAAGGACAGUAUGAAUGCCAAGCUGUCAACAUCAUUGGAUCUCAAAGGAUUGUUGUAUACCUGACUGUACAGCCAAGAGUGACUCCUGUAUUUGCCAGUGUUCCUAGUGACAUGACAGUAGAAGUUGGCACAAAUGUGCAGAUCCCAUGCAGUGCUCAAGGAGAGCCAGAGCCAGUAAUUACAUGGAAUAAGGAUGGAGUUCAGGUAACUGAGAGUGGAAAAUUUCAUGUUAGUCCGGAGGGAUAUCUUACCAUACGUGAUGUUGGAACUGCUGAUGAAGGUCGAUAUGAAUGCGUUGCCCGGAAUACCAUAGGAUACUCCUCUGUUAGUAUGGUACUUAGCGUUAAUGUCCCUAAUGUCAGCCGAAAUGGAGAUCCUUUUGUACAAACAUCAAUUGUGGAAGCAAUUGCAACUGUUGACAGAGCAAUAAAUUCAACGCGUACACAUCUGUUUGACAGUCGUCCUCGUUCUCCAAAUGAUUUGCUAGCCUUAUUUCGAUACCCAAGGGAUCCAUACACUGUUGAGCAAGCAAGAGCUGGGGAAAUAUUUGAAAGAACAUUACAGCUUAUCCAAGAUCAUGUACAGGAUGGUCUAAUGGUUGACCUGAAUGGAACAAGUUAUCACUAUAAUGACCUUGUAUCCCCACAGUACUUGAAUCUGAUAGCUAAUCUCUCGGGCUGUACAGCUCAUCGACGAGUGAACAAUUGCUCAGAUAUGUGCUUUCACCAGAAGUACAGGACACAUGAUGGAACAUGCAACAAUCUGCAGCAUCCCAUGUGGGGCGCUUCUCUGACAGCCUUUGAACGUCUGUUAAAGUCGGUCUACGAAAAUGGAUUUAAUUUGCCUCGGGGAAUUGAACCCAAGAGACUUUCUAAUGGAUAUGCACUCCCAAUGCCUCGCUUGGUUUCAACUACUCUGAUUGGAACUGAAACCAUAACCCCAGAUGAGCAGUACACUCACAUGCUCAUGCAGUGGGGUCAGUUUCUCGACCAUGACCUUGAUCUCACCGUUGCUGCCUUAAGUGAGGCGAGAUUUUCAGAUGGUCAGCACUGCAGUUCAGUUUGCACAAAUGAUCCUCCAUGCUUUUCAAUAAUGAUACCGCCAAACGAUCCCAGAGUCAGAAAUGGUGCACGCUGCAUGUUUUUUGUACGCUCCAGUCCAGUUUGUGGAAGUGGCAUGACAUCUCUCCUGAUGAAUUCUGUAUACCCACGAGAACAGAUUAACCAGCUGACUUCAUAUAUUGAUGCAUCCAAUGUAUAUGGCAGUUCAGAUCAUGAAGCUCUGGAAAUCAGAGACUUGGCAAGUCAAAGGGGUCUUCUGAGACAGGGCAUUGUACAAAGAUCUGGCAAGCCCCUUCUUCCAUUUGCUACUGGCCCACCAACAGAAUGUAUGAGGGAUGAAAAUGAGAGCCCCAUUCCCUGUUUUUUAGCUGGUGAUCAGCGUUCUAAUGAACAGCUGGGUCUUACCAGUAUCCACACAUUGUGGUUUAGAGAACACAACAGAAUUGCCACAGAGCUACUGAAACUCAAUCCACACUGGGAUGGUGACACAAUAUAUCAUGAAACACGCAAAAUUGUUGGUGCAGAAAUGCAACACAUAACAUUUAGCCACUGGCUACCUAAGAUCUUUGGAGAGGUAGGCAUGAAGAUGCUUGGCGAAUAUAAAGGUUAUGAUCCCAGUGUUAAUUCUGGCAUAACUAAUGAGUUUGCAACUGCCGCUUUUAGGUUUGGUCACACACUCAUUAAUCCUUUUCUGUAUCGACUGGAUGAAAACUUUGAACCUAUUCCACAAGGCCAUCUACCUCUUCAUAAGGCAUUCUUCUCUCCAUUUCGGAUUGUAAAUGAAGGAGGCAUUGAUCCACUUCUAAGGGGAUUGUUUGGUGUUGCUGGUAAGAUGCGUGUCCCAUCACAAUUGCUCAAUACAGAGUUAACAGAAAGACUCUUCUCCAUGGCACGUACUGUGGCUUUAGAUCUGGCAGCUAUGAAUAUUCAGAGAGGCAGAGAUCAUGGAAUUCCUCCCUACCAUGAUUUUAGAGUUUACUGUAAUCUUUCUUCAGCUCAGACUUUUGAAGAUCUGAAAAAUGAAAUUAAGAAUCCUGAAAUCAGGGAAAAACUCAGCAGGUUGUAUGGCUCCCCCCUGAACAUAGACCUAUUUCCUGCUUUAAUGGUAGAAGAUUUAGUUCCAGGAAGCCGACUGGGACCAACUUUGAUGUGUCUGUUAAGCACCCAGUUUAGGCGUAUCAGGGAUGGAGACAGGUUAUGGUAUGAGAACCCGGGUGUGUUCACGCCUGCUCAGCUCACUCAGAUCAAGCAGACAUCUCUUGCCAGAGUUCUGUGUGACAAUGGUGACAACAUAACCAGAGUGCAACAUGAUGUCUUUAAGGUGGCUGAAUUCCCUUAUGGAUACAGCAGCUGUGAAGAUAUUCCUAAACUGGAUCUCAGGAUGUGGCAAGAUUGCUGUGAAGAUUGUAGAACUAGAGGACAGUUUAAUGCAUUUUCAUACCACUUUCGGGGAAGACGUUCUCUUGAUUACAGCUUUCAAGAGGACAAGCCUUUGAAGAAAAUGAAAAUGUCCAAAACAGUAAGUUCUGUGAAACAGAGUAAAUAUUUUCGUAAUGCCACCUCAGCAUCUGAUGAAAAUGCAAAUAUGCCCAUAGUGAAUGACUUCAAAGAAUUUGUUUUGGAAAUGCAAAAAACUAUUUCAAGCCUCAGAAGCCAGAUAAAAAAACUUGAAUCACGCCUCAGUAAAACUGAUUGCACUGAUGAAAAGGGUAAAUCAUAUUCCAGCAAUGAAACCUGGAAAAGGGACCCAUGUACUGUGUGUGAAUGCAAAGUUGGUCAGAUUACCUGUUUCGUGGAGUCAUGCCCGCCAGUUGACUGUGAAGCCCCUAUGAAGACUAAAGGAGAUUGCUGUCCAGUCUGUGUCAAAGAAAGUAUUAAUAAAAAGAAGCCAUAAGUCUUCUUUUAUAGAUUUUAGGGUGCAUACUCUUCAAAUCAUAUCAAUGCCUGCUGAUGGCAAAAACAGGUAACUACAGGCUUAAAACAGCAAGAAAUCAAGAUUUACAACAUUCUAAUGGUGCUGUAAGAGUAUAACAUAAUAUAUCGUAUUUUCUGCCCAUGAAGGUAAUCACAAUGCAAAAUUAACAAAAGGGAAACUAGCAAACAGGUCAAUCUUAAUUGUGUGUUAAACUUCUCAGGUUAGACAAAUUUCAAACUGGUGCUACUUUAAAAAGAACUCUGUCAGGCAGUUUAGGUAUCUAAAAUGACUGGGCUUAAGACUUGCUCUUAAAAUGAGAAGUUUUCUUUCCAAUCUGUGAUUAGCAAUGUUGACAGUUACUCUCCAUUUUCAGUCCCAGUCUGACUUGAAAUUUAGCUCUUUGUUAUUACUUCAUAAAUGAUGGGAAAACAAAAGGUCAUUCACUGUACCCAUCUGUGAUGUGGAGGGCCCAUUUCCGCAACACAUCUAUGCAUGGAAAUGCUGUUGAAUCACUUCUGUGCAUGGACUACCAAGGAAGUAAAGAAAACCAGAGUGCGCCUUUCAACAUCCUCAUGUUAAUUCAAGGAGCAAAAUUAAUUGGUAUUUGCAAAAUUUGCAAAAAGGCUAAAAUUAAUUGGGAAAUGAGGGAAAUAUGAAUAAAUGUAAUUGGAAGAUAGAGAAAGCAAUUGAAUGUUUAUUACAGGAGUAAUUGACAGUGUUCCUCAUUAUAGCAAAACAUACAUGACAGAGUAGUGUUUGAUCUUAAAAUGAACAUAAUCAUUUUUUGUCAAAACAUAUGUAAUUGCUUGGCAACUUUUUUUUUUGUUGUUUCAUUUAUUUUAAAUCACUGUAACAUGACCAUCCACUCCAGUUUUUAAGCAUGCUUCUUUUGAUCUUGGAUGGGUUCCCCCAAACACAUGGCCCUGUAAUGAGAAUGUGAAACCAUGUCACAUGCCAAUUUGUAUACAAAGAUACCUACUGAGUCAUUGCGCAUAUUGUCAAUAGACAUAUGUUCCUGAUUAUAUUGUGGCACUGUUUGUUGAGAAAAAGAACAAUCAAAAUCAAGCAUCGUGAUUAAUUGUGGAUUGACUACUUUUUCUGACAAGGUAUUUGAUUUUUUUUUAUGGUUUUUUUUUUUUUUCUUUCCAAUUUCAUCUAAUGCAUAUAUAUUUUUACCUCAAUAUUUUUAUUAUUCAUGUUAAAAUUGUCUGCCAAUGGACUUUAUUUCCCAUUUAAUAAAUGUUUAACAUUAGAGAGUAUAUGUCUACACUAGCAUUUCAAAGUCAUGUACUUUUUAGAAUACAAAUCGCAUAUUUUUGACCAGGAGUUAUAUAUUAUAUUCAGUGAAGUACAACUAUCAUACCUCAUUUUACAGGUUUGUGGUUUUUUUUGUUUGUUUGUUUGUUUGCUUGUUUAUUCAGAAUUGAUUCUCUCUCUAACUGAUUAAUAUUUUAGAAUUGAAUUCUUCUUUAGUUAUGCAUUUCACUGACUUCUGAAUUUGUUGCUCAAAUUUAGAUAUUUGGGAAUCAAAAAACUGCACAAAAUUAAACAUUUUCAUCCUAACGUUUCAGAUUAUACAAACAAACUGAAUUCUUAAUUACUGCAUGGUAAAUCAAAUAACUGUGUAAUAAUUAACCAAACUCAUCAGUAUGGGUUCCACUAUAAUAUUUUGGCACAUAAUUUCUGUGAUUACUAGCAUUAAUAAUUUUUAGUUUGAUAAUCAGAUACCAUGACACACUCUCAAACUCUGGUGUAUCUUUGGAGCUUGCUACAGAAACAUGUUUCAACUAUAGUAAGAGCAAUAUGUACAUGUGAGUGGUGUGUCAAAGCUGUGUGGUAGAGGGUACACAUGGAACUGCAAUUUAUAUUUUUUGAGAAUAUUUUAAUUGAUAUUAUAUACAGUAUUUUGAUUUAUGUAAUUUUCUAUUUUAAUACUUAUAGAAAUGGUGUGUGGUGAGCAUGUUUGAGUAUCAUGUGGUUUCUAGAGGCUGUCAUUCUUGUAUUUCUUUGAUACUCUGGUAUUUUGUUGAAAGUCCAAACCACGUGUCUCAUCCUGUAAGUUCAACUUGGAUGGAACUCCCAUUGACCUAUAGCAGGAAUUCCUUAAAGAGGAACGGUUGCAGAGCUGAACCAAAUAUAAUUUAUCUGUCUAAACAGUUGUCCAAAUCAGUAAUACAUUCAGCUGGUUAUUUUCUUAUAUUCCAGUUUUAUAUUAAAUAAACUUUCUCUGAGUUUCUGCUUAUAGGAAAAGAGAGUUUCCAUUUAUACAAUAUAAAAUAGUACCAUAUAUCUGAUAGUUUGUUUUAUCCAGCCUCCAGAAUAAAGAGGGAGGUUUGUUGUUUUUUUUUUUUUUUUUUUUUUUUUUUCCCAUUGUUCAUUCUUUAUUCAUAUGCUAUAUAAAAUGGAUUUAGGAGUCUGGAUAUGUUUAAGUGUAAUAUUGAGUUAUUUUCCACUAUCCGUCUAAUGAUAAACUAUUCAGGAAAAACAGGUCUUUAUCCACAGUUUAAAGUGUAAUCAGUUAUGGAUUGUAUUAAUUAAGUUUUACUGCAGCAUUGAUUUUAAUGUUUCUGAAACAAUGGCCAAUGCCUAGAUGACCAUUUCCUCAGUAUCCACUGUGAGAAUAUUGCUGUACUAUGUUGCAAAUUUUAUGUAUUUAUUUUCUUUUUUAAUAUUACCUAAACAAAGUCUUUGUUGUUUUUAUUUUAAUCAGUAAAUUUACCAAAGAACUGUUUGCACUGUAUAAUGAAUGCUUUUCAGUUAAAAUAAAACGGGACACAUUUCCAAGUUAC